AAUCGAACCGAAAGCGCAUGUCUGGAGCCAUGGGCUCCCUCAUCAGUCGACUCGAUCCUGACGCCGUUCAGCUGGUACAGCCUGCUGCCAAUCAUCGGCUUCACGGCCUUCCUCUUCCUGGUGGCCGUGUACCAGAGGACCGAGUUCUACUGGAUCACCGACAAGGCCGAUGACGUGAUGCAGGCCGUGGCUACGCGCUUCCGCAAGAAGCCAAGGCGUAGCCAGGAGCCUCACGUGCCGUGGUUCAUAACCGGCAACGCCUCCCCCGCUGCUACCCCGGGCAUCGGAAUGACCACUUUCCAGAGGCAUCACGUCUCUGCCACCACGUAUGCCCCCGAGGGGGUCGGCGCUGCGUCUUCGAGCGGCGGUGCCGCCGCUGUGAUGAACAGUGGCGCCUCUGGCCAGAUGGACGCCGCAUCUCAGGCCAUGCCGAUUCGCGGCAGCGGUCACCUGCCCUCCUUGAGCGCGGUGCCUGUCCUCGUCAAAGUCACCGACCUGAGCGAAUGGAGCGCCUCCAUAUAAGCCGUAUGUUUUCUUGGGGCUGUGCAUUUACAACUGUUCGUUGAAAGAUCAUUCACUGCAAGAGAACGCCCUCAAGGUCAUCGUUCUCAAGGUCAUCGACCUGAGCGAGUGAGCGAAAAACCGUGUUUCGUUUUUUUUUUUUUUUUUUUUCCUGAGGCCAUGCUGAGCUGUUCAGUCGCAAGAGUUCUUAACUGAAACAGUGGCGCGACGCCAGGAAACACUGUUAUUUUGGGACUAUUUUGGACACUGUUAUUUUGGGACUCUACAGGGUGUGGGACAGUGUCCCACACCCUGUAGAUAAUCGAUUAUCUCUGUGUGUGAACAGACGUGUUCGUAAAGCGGACUUUCCGAUAGGUGCUUCCUAUUUGUUAAAUCGUUUAAUUUUCUCGUGGCGUUCUCUGGAACAGUGUUCGAGCGAAACCUUGCGUGCGGUUGAUUUUUAUUCUCUAACUGUGGGUGCUCGUUGAUGGCCAGCAGAACAAACUUUGCUAGCACUUAUGAGAGUUAGAACGCAUGGUCACAUGCUAUGAUUCCGUACAUGUACUUAUCGAAAUCGUAUCUGCAACCCUGAGAGCCACUUCGCAUAUUGUGGCAUGUUUCUAUUUCGACAUAGCUGUGACCGCGGCUGCGGUAGUAAUCGGUCGCCGCUGCUGACUCUGCCGACAGAGUGCACUAAUGUUCUACGCAAAGUCAUUUCUCGCUUUCCCUGUUGUCUCAUUUUUAUUCCUUCCCGUUUGACUGCGAUGCAUUUCGUGUCAUUUUAGUUCGCGCCCGAGAGCAACGAACAACUUGCAUGAGGACGAUGAAAUGAUGAGCACUCUGCUGAGUUGUUCGAAUAAAACAUUUUUUUUGGACGCUUCUUGAUCCGGCUUUUCUUCUUUUUUGUCCAUAGGCUAUUCUUCAAGAUGGCGUCAAAU